CUUGGCGCCAUCUGGAGCGCUGCGGUCUGUCAAAGAUUUCCAGCAUCCUUGCAUGAAUUGGCACAGCACUUUCGACAAGAAAUCUUGUGUGCUUAGUGAAAUCUCCAUCCCCCGUCGUGCCCAUGAAUCCGCGAAAUACACGAGCAUAAAAACAGCGAAUGGCCGCCCCAGCCUCCGUUGUUCGGUUUGAAGCCGGUGUCGCCGCGACGGACUUCGCUGACAUCUGGAACCUCGCCAUAGCUCGGUAUGAAGAGACCACCAAAACAGAGUUGGUGUCGCUUUCGUCGGCCGGCACGGUGGACGACGUCUUGCGCGAAAUACGUGGCCGAGGCUUGCUUUUCAAACUCCGUCGCCACAAAAGUUCCAGGAUCGACACAUUUAGAGCCCUCGUGACGAGAAGCCUCAAGCCUAUUCAGGUCGUGACGGAAACCGUUGGACAGGGCGUCUCAAAUGUUUUCCCUCCGGGCAUGGCUAUCUUUACAGCAGUGCGCUAUUUGAUAUCUACUGCCAACGCUGUCUCAGCGGAUUACGAUAAGUUAACGGAAUUCUUUGAAGAUCUAGACGCCUACCUGGGUAGAGUAAAGGUCCUGGAGUCUCGGAUGUCACUCAUACCCGAGCUCCAAAAUGCCCUGGCCGAAGUCCUCAGUUCGGUGCUCAUUCUUUGCGGCAUCAGUGCAAGAUACAUCAAAACCAGACGGAUCGGUGAGUCAAAUACAUCCUCCUUCCUCCCAUAGUAUUCGUCGAUGGGUUCUGCUGCCCUGAAUUCCCGAUAUGCAAAUGAUCCUUCU